AUGGCCGCCAACAAGGAAUUCACGCUCCAGGAGAUCGCCGAGCACAACACCAAGAAGGAUCUCUACCUCAUCGUCCACGACAAGGUCUACGACUGCACCUCCUUCGUCGACGAGCACCCCGGUGGUGAAGAAGUCCUCCUCGACGUCGGCGGCCAGGACAGCACAGAGGCCUUCGAGGAUGUCGGCCACAGCGACGAGGCCCGCGAGAUCCUCGACGGUCUGCUCAUCGGUACCGUGAAGCGCGUGCCCGGUGACCCUGCCCCCCGCCCCAAGCCUACCAGCUCCUCUUCCGCUCCCUCCAGCGCCGCCGCCUCGUCCAACGGCUUCGGCGUGUACGCCAUCCUGGUCGUCGGUGCCGCUAUCGCCUACGGUGCCUACCAGUACCUCCAGGCCGGUGCUCAGCAGCAGUAG